AUGGCUAAGCUUGAAACAGGAACUCAGGAUUUUGUGGAUGUUUCUGACAAAGAACUAAGCAUCAAAGACUUCUAUCCUCUUUAUGAUAAAGUCAGACCACUCUCAGCUCAUUGGGAGCAGAUUGCUAUUUCAUUGCGUCUCAGAAUAGAUACUAUCAACAGCAUUGAAGCUAACUUUAGUGGAAAAGAUCUGUCAUGUCUACGUAAAGUUCUAGAGCAUUGGUUAAAGAAAGAUUAUGAUUACAAGACUAAUGAAAAAAGUGUCACUCCAGAAACAGACGAGGUAGCUAUGUCACCAGCAAGCACUGACAAAGCAACAGGUAUGUCCAAAUAUGGUUCCUCUGAAAAGAGCUUUGAAUUAACUAGCAAGCUAUAUGAUCUACAAGAUGAAUUUGAUGAGGCAAUUCGACUAACAAAAAAAUUAUUCAAAUCAAGUGAUCUACCUGAAAUCAUUGACUACCUCAUUACACACACAAUGUCAUUACUUGGUCCUAACAGGAAACAGCAAAAAACUGCUGAAGAAAUUGCUCAAGCAGUUAAAGAAGACUUUGAAUGCAUAGAAACAAUAUCGAAUCUAUUCACUGUACUACAAAACAAAUACAUAUCAUGGUUCAACUACAAACUAAUGAUAAAACUUGUUGGAGUAUUUUUACCCAAGAAUCGUUCAUUAAAAAGAACUUGGUCAACAUAUGAAGAAAAGUUAAAGGAUUAUUUUAUAAACAGUGGUGGACUAUUGAAAGAUGCUGAUGCUGUACAGUUUGGUGUAAAAGGUGUUCCUCCUGGUACACGAGUAAUGAUUGCUAAAGUUGACAGAGAUGACUACACACUGGAUGACAUAUUCUUUUUUCGUAGAUCAAUACCAAAAGGUUUGGAUAUUCCUGAAUAUGAUCUUUACUUCAGUUUUGUCCAUGAUGGGUCCCUUUGUUUGGGUUACCUCAUUCCUGAGUAUCUUUAUUCUUUAUUAUUUCCUCUAACUACAAAGCUACAGCAACAGUUAGCUAGUAUUGGUAUCACUGAAAUAACAUGUGGUGAAUAUGAUUAUAAAAAGUUAUCAGCAUUACAAGUGUCUAUGCAGUGUUCACCCAUUAGUAUUGAUAUAUAUGAUCCAUUAUUGUAUGAAAAUACCACUUGUCAAAGUGGAGAACUAGCAUUAGUCAACAAGCUUGAGUCGUUAAACCUCUUCUCACCAGAUUCAGUUACUAAUUUAGGACGAGGUAUACUACAUUAUACUUGUCGUUCUACAAAUGAGAAAAGCGUUGAUCUUUUAAAUUAUCUUUUAAAUCAAUAUCAAUUAUCCAUUGGUGUAAAGGAUCGAUAUGGUAUACAAAUUCCAGCUGGUAUUGUGUAUAGUAAACUAAUGACACAAAGUGAUGCACCAGUUAUUGAGAUUAUUAAUAGAACGCAAGUAGUACAAAAUAUUGAUUUCUUCAAACGAAAUGAAAGAGUUAAAAUGUUUUCUUCACUUCUAAAGAAAGCUAGCACUUGUCCUAACUUUGACAUCAAUGCCACUACAAAUGAUGCUAAUGAUGGUGAAUCUCCAGUACAUUAUGCUGCCUGGUCAGGUUCUACUAGUGUAUUAAGUUAUAUCAUAUCUCAGUAUAAUCUCAAUGCUAAUGAUACUGAUACUUAUGGUUGUACACCAUUAGUCUACUCCUGCUGGUCAGGUAGUAUUAAUUCUAUUAAAUAUCUUAUUAACAAUCAUAAAAGUGAUCUUAGUAUCACUGAUAAUGAUGGUAUGACAUGUCUUCAUCAUUCUUGUCGUCAUGGUCAUAUUGAUAUCACUCAAUAUCUCAUUAAAACAGAUAAUAAAGGACGCACAUUAGUACAUCAUGCUGCACAGAGUGGUAACUUUGAUUUAGUUCAGUAUCUUAUUACUGAACAAGGUUUGUCUCCUAAUGCUGUUGAUAAGAAUUGCCUCACUGCUUUACAUUAUGCCUCACUGUCUCUUAACUUGUCUCUUGUUAAAGAAUUAAUAACUACCUAUCAGUUAAAUCCUCAUCAAGCUGACAGUAAUGGUAAGCUACCAAUUCAUUAUGCUGCUGAAUCUGGAGACAUUUUACUACUGGAAUUAUAUGUAAAGGAUUACAAGUGUAGUUUGAGCCUAACAGAUAACAAAGGUCGGAAUGUAAUUCAUUUUUCAUCAUUAGAAGGUCACACUCACUUUAUCAAGCAUAUCACCAGUCAGCAUCCUCAAUACAUUAGUUUACUACACUCUACUGACAAUGAGGGUAGGAUACCGUUGCAUUACGCCUGUGAGAGUGGUAAUUUUCAAGUGGUCACAUUUCUAAUCAAUGAUAUGAAAUGUGAUGUCAAUGCUAAGAAUACACGUGACAGUACAUGUGUUUCAUUUGCCUGUGGAUCAGGUAAUCUUGAUCUAGUACAAUUACUAAUACAACAGUAUAAGCUUCAGCCUUUAGCUACUGAUAAAUAUGGUUUCACAACAUUACAUGCAGCAGUACAUUUUGGUCAUACUCAUAUACUGGAAUGGUACAGUCAGGAGUAUAGUGUGGAUAUUACUAAUCACACUAGCAAUAACAAGUACACACUAGCUCAUUCAGCUGCUUAUCAAGGUAAGCUACAUUGUCUACAGGAACUGAUCAACAAGUAUCAGUGUGAUGUUAAUGCCACUACUGUUACUGGUAGUACAGUUCUUCAUAAAGCAUGUGAAGGAGGCCAUGCUCCUGUUGUACUUUAUCUCACUAGUCUUCCUCAGUGUAAUUUAGCAGCUAAGACUUCUAAUGGAUCAACAGUUCUUCACAUUACCUGUAAGUACAGUGACUCUCUUCCUAUACUCAAACAUCUGGUAGAGAAUCAUAAAUUAGACCUGUCUGCUGUGAAUGAUGAAGGAAUAGAUUCUAUUUACUAUGCAUGUAGUAAUGGAAGAUUAAACUUGAUCCAGUACAUUAUAGAACACAUACCAUCAUCUCUUGAUCUACCUCACAAUAAGUAUGGUUUUACUCCAUUUCUUUUUGCAGUGUACUUCAAUCAGUUAGAAGUUAUUAAAUAUCUUAUUAGUAAGAAGUGUAAUCUAUCAGCUACUGAUGAUGAAGGGUCUGGAGCAGUUCACAUAUCAGUAGAGAGGGGUCACUUGAAUGUAUUGAAGUAUCUCGUUGAUAAUAAUUAUUGCAAUCCUAAUGCAACCAAUCAUCAAGACCGUACACCACUACAUGUUGCUGUAGCAGCUGAACAGUUUCAAAUAUUACAAUAUUUAUUAGAAAUUAAUUCAAGUUUACUUAUUAACUCAAAUGAUAAAGAUGGUGACACACCAUUACACUUAGCCUGUAUGAAAGGACAACAGAAAAUGGUAUCACUUCUAUCCAGGUUUACUAAUAUCAAUAUUACUAACAAGAAAGGACAGACACCAUUACACUUAGCAGUUGCCUCUGGUCAUAAGGAUACCGCUGAAGCUUUACUAUUUUUAGUCACUGGUAGUUCUACUCAUCAUGAUCUCCUUACAGCUACUGAUAAUGAAGGAUCCAAUGUAUUACAUACAGCUUGCAGUAAUGGCCAUAUUGAUGUGUUUCUUUACUUGUUUAGUAUUUAUCCUGAUGGCAUUAAUGUUUUGGAUAAUAGAAAGCGUACUCUACUUCAUGCAGCAUGUGAGGGUGGGAAUAUGAAGAUAGUACAACUUUUAAUUGACAACUGUGGACUAGACCCUGAGGCACAAGAUAAAGAUGGCAUUACUUGCAUGCACAUAUUGGCAGAAAGAGGCAAUACUACAAUAUUUCAGCACAUAAAGACUCAAGUAGCUUCUAACUACAUCCCUUGUGACGAUAAUGGUCGUACUCCUCUUCAUUAUGCAUGUCUCUUCAAUCGUAAUGAGAUGGCACUGUAUCUCAUUAAUAGUUGUCAUUAUAAUCCUGAUGAUCCUGAUAAUAAUGGAUACACUUCAGUUCAUGCAGCAUGUGAAGCUGGUAACUUUGACUUAAUAUUACAAUUUCUUACAGAGCUUUGCUGUAAUGCACUAGCUGAAACUCAUGACAAGAAAACUCUGCUCUAUUUUGCUAGUAAGAGUUCUAAUUUAGAGCUUGUUCGCUUUUUAAUUGAUGUAUUCAGUUUAAAACCUCGUCCACACGAUAUUGAUAUAGCUCAAUCAGUUAAUCCUGAUUCAUCAGUAGUUAAAUAUCUUCAAGAGAUCCAUUAUGAUUUAUUUCUUUUAGAACAAAGGAAAGUGAGUAGAUAUCAUGAGAAACUUGAAAGGCAACAGGUUGACCCACCAGGACAAGAUAUUGUAUCUUAAAUACAACUUCAUCACCAUAUUACCACCUUAUCAGUCCAUUGUAUGUAACCUAUCACCAUAUUACCAAUACACCAUCUUACUACAGCA